AUGUCUUCACGCUGGUUUGCCCCGCUGUUAAUUGCUGCGGCCGUUCUGGGCUGGCUGAUGGCCACGCUGUUUGGCGAUGUCGGCUGGUUGCAGACCACCACAGCGAUCCUGCAGAACAGCUUCCUCGCGGCAUUACGCAUGAUCAUCGUGCCAUUAAUCUUUUUCUCUCUGCUGACAGGGGUACUGCAGCUGCGUGGUACUCGAUCAAUGGGCCGACUUGGCGGCGUCACUGUGUUGUAUUACAGCGCAACCUCCGCCAUCGCCAUCGGCAUCGGCCUGACCGUGGUAUUUUUCAUCCACCCCUGGACCGCCUACCCGCCCCUGGCCGAUUUACCGGAAAUGACCAGCGGCUUAAUCGCUCAGGACCAGGGCGGCGCUAUGGCGCUGAUCGGCAACCUGCUGCAAUCCAUGCUGGUCAAUCCGUUUACGGCUCUGGCAGAAAUCAACAUUUUAGGUGUGCUGACGACCGCGCUCAUUUUUGGCCUCGCGGCAGCGUUUACGCUGCCCGAAGAUUCACAUUGGCCGAAGAUGCUGGAUGAGAUGACAAAAGUUGUCUACACCUGCGCCCGCUGGGUAUUAACCACCCUGCCGAUCGGUAUGUUUGCCAUCACCUUCCAGUUGACCGGCAGGAUUGAUCUGGCAACACUGACAUCACUGGGUCAGUUUGCGCUGGUGGUGUUUGGCGCUACCGCUCUGCAUGGGCUGGUGAUCCUGCCAACCAUUGCCUGGGUGUUUGGCAAUGUUUCCCCUAUCAGGCUGGCCAAAGCGUUGGCGCAACCCAUGCUUACCGCGUUUAUCACCUCCUCCAGCGCCGCCACCCUGCCUCUGUCCAUGACCACUGCAGAGGAAAAACUCGGCGUCGAGCGCAGCAAGGCUGCCUUUGUAUUGCCUCUGGGCGCCACCAUCAACAUGGAUGGCACCGCGCUGUUUGAAGGCAUCGCGGUGAUUUUCCUGGCCUAUAUGUUCAGCGUACCCAUCGACGCAGGCAGCGUUGUGAUGGUGUUUCUGAUCACCAUGCUGGCCUCUGCCGGUGCGCCAGGCAUACCGUCGGGGUCCAUGGCAGGUCUGCAGGUUGUACUGCUGGCGGUUGGCAUUCCCCUGGAGGCGAUCGGUUUGCUGUUACUGAUUGAACGACCGCUGGACACCUUCCGCACCGCCGUGAAUGUUGAAGGCGAUCUGAUUGGCGCCAUCAUUGCGCGCCAGGCGAAACGCACCGGGCGUCACCUGUUAGCCAAUGAAAAAAUCCACGCGGUUUAUUCAUCUCCCCUGCAACGCUGCAUGGACACGGCUAAAUUUGCCAGUGCCGGAACUAACCUGACGGUGCAGCCCAUCGCGGGGUUAGCCGAAAUGUCUAUCGGCGAAUGGGAAGACACUUCUUUCAAAGAACUCAGUGAACACCACGAUUUCAUCAAUCGUUCAACCACCGACAUUCACUACACAGCACCCGGCGGUGAAAGCCUGGCGGUUGUUGCCCAGCGGGUCACUGAAGCGAUGCUGCAGAUAGACCAGCAACACGAACCAGAUGAAACAAUACUUGUGGUCAGCCAUGGUGUGGCUUUAGCUGUGGCUCUGGCGGUUUUUCUGGAAGCCUCACCGUCACGCUGGAUCAACUACCACUUCAACAAUUGGGACAUGACCGAAUUCUGCAUCGUAGAUAAAUCCAAUCACAUAAUGACCGUGCGCUUGAAUCGACCUGAUCGACUGAAUGCACUGCAUCCACCAGCCAACGCUGAACUCGGCGAAGUAUUUGAUGAUUUUGCUGCGGAUAGUGACAUGUGGGUGGCGAUCAUCACUGGCGAGGGCCGCGGUUUCAGCGCGGGUAACGACUUACGCUACCAGGCGGAAGGCGGUGAACGCGUGCCCAUGCCGCGCGGUUUUGGCGGCUUAACUUCUCGAUUUGAUCUGAGCAAACCGGUCAUCGCCGCAGUUAACGGUGUCGCCAUGGGCGGCGGAUUCGAAAUUGCGCUGGCAUGUGACCUGAUCAUUGCUUCGGACAAAGCCCGUUUUGCGCUGCCUGAGCCCAAAGUUGGCCUCGCUGCACUGGCCGGCGGCCUGAAUCGACUGCCUCGACAGAUAGGACCAAAACGUGCCCUGGGCAUGAUUCUGACCGGUCGCCACGUUGCCGCAGAAGAAGGCGAAAAACUGGGUUUCGUGAAUGAAGUUGUGCCUCAUGAUGAGCUCAUGUCGGCUGCGCUACGCUGGGCGAAUAUGAUUACGGAGUGUGCACCGCUGUCGAUCCGGGCAAGCAAAGAUGUGGUUUAUCGAAGUCUCGACAACCCUUCUUUAGAGGCAUCCAUGAAGGCUAAGUAUGAUUCGGUACAGAGCAUGGUCACCAGUGAAGAUUUCAUCGAGGGGACGUUAGGAAUUAACCACCAAUGCCUGAGCGGCAACAAUGGCAUCGGCGACUACGGCAACCGCGAGACAGAUAUCGUUGAGCGUUUCCGUUUCGCCGCGCUUGGACAUUUCAGUCACAAUUUCGGUCUGCGGAACGGUCACGUGCAACAGGUCACACAUAAGGAUCUGAUUGCUGCCGCCCUUGCAGAAGUAGACACCCUCGACAUUGACGAUGCUGUUGCCCUGCUCGAUCAGGAAGACAUCGUAUUUGUAGAUAUCCGCGACCCGCGCGAACUGGAACGCGAAGGUAAGGUGCCCGGCGCGGUGCAUGCGCCUCGCGGUAUGCUGGAAUUCUGGGUGGACCCCACCUCACCGUAUUACAAAGAGGUUUUCGGCUCGGAUGCUAAGUUUGUGUUCUAUUGCCAGAGCGGCUGGCGUUCUGCUCUGGCCACCAAGGCUGUUCAGGAUAUGGGGCUCGAAAACGUCACCCAUAUCGGUGAAGGCUUUCGCGGCUGGAAAGAUGCUGGCGCCCCAACCGAAGAUGUCACGCCUCGCGGCUGA